AUGCUUGUAACUACCACAACAGCCCCUUUAGGAGCAGAUUUUCGUUUAAUUGACGAGCCUGCUUCUUCUGUUCAUUCUCAUUCUACUCCAUUAAAAACAACAUUAGACAACAUACAAAAUGGAAGGAAAACUUCCUCACUUUCUUCUUCUUCACUUCAAUCUUCUACAAUGCUUUUAAUUGCAGAACAACAAUCUUCUACUGGAGAAGUUUCUCUUAAAAUGUUGGAACGAAAAAUGAAUGAAACUAAUUUGGGUAAUAAUUCUUCUACUGCUUGGAGUAGGAAAAGGCUUUCUUCUGAUUCAAAAUUAAAUGACAACAAUAAUGUUGCUGCAACUUCUACAAAAACUACAAAAGCCUUUCCUUUAUCUACAACUGAACUGACAGAUUUAAAAUCAGGUCCUCGAGAAGAGCAAAUGCCUUUGGUCGAUGAUUUGGCAAAAUCUGAGGAUGGUAUUUCUUUUGCCCCUUCUAUUGCCGCUACUUCGGCUCUUGUUGUUGAUUUUCGUUCAGAUUUGUAUAAAUUGCGUGAUUCUGUUAAAAAGGUGAUUAAAAUUAAUUUUAAAAUUUGUGGAACUUGCUUAAAUUUAAAAAAAAGGUUGAAAAGUGAAAUUUUUCUUAAAAGAAUAUAA